CUGCUGAAGUCACAGUUCACUUUGAUGUCUGAAAACAGAAGAUUUUCUUCUUCCACUGUUUCCUUUUUCGUCUGACUGGACCUUUCUUUAAUUCAGGGGCCAACAAUGAGGGUACCGCCCGUUUUCCUGCUGGCGUCUUUCCUGCAGCUGCAGGUCGCUGCGUUCGGCACGUCAGAGAAAACAAACGGCUCCGAACCGGAACUGAAACCAGUUCUGGAAGAGGAUUACGAGCUGUUCAAAAGGCAGCACAUAGCCGAGGGGAUGGAUGCGACUGCCUGCACGUCGGAGAUGAAACGGAGGACCAUCAACAACAAGAGCUGCAAGGAGAAACACACGUUCAUCGCUGAGAAGGAGGAAGACGUGGUGGCCGUGUGCAGGGACCAGGGAGAAUAUAUGAGUGAGAAUCAUUUGACCAGGAGUGAACGAGAUUUCGAAGUUGUUGUUUGUAAACACAUGAAAAAAGCCAAAAAAGGUCCAUGUCAGUACACAGGACAGCAGCGCACCGCAAGAAUUGUGAUGAAAUGCAAAACCUGUCAUGAUGUAUCGAGGAGAGCG